UACAAAGCGGAAGAGACGUGGCACAUAAACAGAGACAGGAAGAGACCUGCUACCGACAAGUUUACUCAUGACAGCUCCUGGUGCCUUUCAUCAUGUGAUUUUUCCACCACAAACAGCGUGAAUGUUAGCCGCGCGACAUUCCCUCAGGCCACCGGGACUUGAUUGAAGUCUGUUUUCACAGGUGGCUAUGGGUCUGUGUAAGUGUCCAAAGAGAAAGGUGACCAAUCUGUUCUGCUUUGAACAUCGCGUUAAUGUGUGUGAGCACUGCUUGGUCUCCAACCACAACAAGUGUAUUGUGCAGUCAUAUCUGCAGUGGCUCCAGGACAGCGACUAUAACCCAAACUGCUGUCUGUGUAAUCAUCCACUCAAUUCCCAAGACACGGUCAGGCUCGUCUGUUAUGAUGUAUUUCACUGGGCCUGUCUGAACGACUUGGCAUCCCGCCUGCCCCUCCAUACGGCUCCAGCGGGAUACCAGUGUCCCAGUUGUCAGGGUCCAGUGUUCCCCCCCUCCAACUUGGCCAGCCCAGUUGCUGAUGUGCUCAAAGAGCAGCUGUCAUCCGUUAACUGGGCCAGGGCGGGGUUAGGCCUGCCACUGAUCCAAGAGCCAGUGGACGUCCUUCAAGAGGUCACCGCGAACGAUGUUACAGACUACACUGACUGGUCAUCAUUUGGUGCACAAGAUGAAAGUCACAUGUACCACAGCCACGCCUACAAUGCCGGCCUCAGCCAAGCACCACAUACUCCACCCCCAGCACAAGGCCACAUCGAGGUUCCUCAUAAGAACGGGGAUCCAAACCUCCGGGAUCACGCUGUGGUCAACUUUCCUGCAUCCACUUCAUGCGACACGAUUACUCUUCACGCAGGAUCGUCACCAAGGAAGGUGUACGACACGCGGGACAGCAGCUCCGUCACGCAGAUGGAUUUCGAUGACGACAAGUACAGACGACGACCAGCAUUGAGCUGGUUUGCUCAGCUUCUCAAGUCAGUCAGGAAACUCUCUGUCAUCUGA